CGCAUAUGUAGAUUGCUCGUCUGUAUCUACUUGUAAUCAUAGAUAUGAAAACAUCCAGCAUCUUCACAUAUAAAUUUCCGAGUUCCUAGAAUCUUUUGGAAUAAAUUCCCAAGUUAAAGGACUUUUUGACUAAUAUUCUGAAAUCUCUCAAUCUUGGUGAAAAUGGUAUCGCGAUUUAGUAAUUCGUACAAAGUGGAAUGUUUGCUUUAUUUAAGAGCUAUAAAACAAGUUUAAAGGUCUACUUCCACUCGUCAAGAAGCGUUUUAAACAGGAUUUAGUGCAUGAUUAUUAUGUGUGCCUUUAAAUAUGACUAUAUUAUAACUUUUGUCAAAUCGUCAUCAAAAUGUUGUUCCACUUCGCAAUAAUCUUCAGCUUUGUUACAAAUCUUCCCCUUUGUACAAAUGUGCUACUCCCUUUCGAAAUAGGAUUCAAUCCAGACGAAAUAAAAUUUUACUUAGUGAAGAGCACAAGUUUUAAACAAGAAAUUAAAUACACGGAUGAACUAUCGCUGCGUGCAAGUUCAUUACAACCGGGUGGACUGACUAUUGUUUAUCUGCAUGGAUUUCUUACAUCGGAAGAAAUCCUUUUCCAAAAACCGUUGAUUUCUUCCGUCACUGACUCAUUGGUUGUGGAUAACUUCAUUAUCGUCGAUUGGAGAACGCUGGCAGGAAAACCCGGCUUUCCCCUCGACAUACCCAUCCAAUACGUACUCGCUAUCAACAAUAUAAAAACGGCGGGGAAAAGAGUAGCAAACUUUAUUGCGUGGCUUACGUAUAACAAUUAUUUGAAUUUGGAUCGAGUCCAUAUCAUCGGACAUUCCAUCGGAGCGCAUCUCAGUGGUCGGGUAGGAACUGAAAUUCAACUGAUUAUGGGGGGCAGAAAGAUAACACGAAUUACGGGAUUAGAUCCAGCCGGACCACUUUUUUAUCCAAAACACCAGGACUUGAACAUUGACAAGAAUGACGCCUACUUUGUCGACGUUUAUCAUACAAACGCUGGCUUCUUUGGUGAUGAUACGUUGGAUGGCCACGUGGAUUUUUCGUUAAAUCGUGGGGAUUUGCAACCAGGGUGCAAUUUAAUAACCGAGAUCACGGUUUCCUGCAGUCAUGUCUUCUCGGUUGAUUGGUUUUUCACUACUUUUCGUAAGGGUUACAUCGGAUGUCAAUGUUCGAGUCGUGAGUUGGAUGCGAUAAAUUUCCAGACGUGCCUGGCACAAUGUCCGAAUCCUGUAUUUGCAGGAAUUUACAUACCACACACGACACGUGGUACCUACCACGUUGACGUUCCCAAGCUUGGGAGUUGAUUCGAGUAAAAAAAAUGUUACAACAAAUUACUCAGAAAAUACGGCUUAUCGUAAACAGAUUUAGUUUGAAAUAAAUUUGGACAAGGGCACUAACUUUACUUGCCGUCCAUGGUCCAUAAUCGACCAGAAUGGACCAGUCAAGAGUCAACCAUAGUAAAUUAAGAGUUAUUUAUGGACUGAAGCUAUAUAAUAUCUGCAUGUAAGUAUAAGUAACCACAGUUUCAAGGAUUAGUUGAAUUACAAAAUCGGUAGUAUUUAAGUUCUUGUUGCCACUGAAUUGUUGAUUUACAAGUAAUUAAUACAUAUGAAAAUGAAUAAAUUUACUAUAUAUGUAAUAUCUGUAUACUCGAUUAAAACCUGUGCUGAGAUUACA